GAAUUGUUGGCUUGUUAAGGAUGUUUUGAAGAGAAUUGUUAAAUCUGAGCCCAUUGAAAUAACGUUUGAUACGUUUGAUUAUUGUGAACUAUUUCAAACCAUGGUUUGGUUUGUGGUUUUGGAAUUUUUUUAGAAGUUAAUUUUAAAUGCACGAAAAUCAAUAAAAUAGAUCAUGAAUUUUAUCUAAAUCAAACAAUAUAAUCAUACCAAAAACAAAAUGUACAAAAAGUUUUUUAAAAUGUACUUAGUUUUAAGCUACUUUUUAAAAAUUAUUUUUAAGUAAAGCAGAACUCGUCAUAAGUAUACAAAUUAAUUUAGUUUUAUUAUAACUCUAUUUAUUUAGCAAAAAUGUGUACAUAUAUAUAUAUAUAUAUUUAAAUAUAUAUAUAUAUAUAUAUAUAUAAAUAUCUAUCUUUUGUUUUACAAUAAAGUUUCAUUUUUGGACAGUGUUAUAGAUUCGAUAUUCAAGUUUAAAUCGUUCUCAAAGACGAGAGAAUGUCAAGACAUUUACAAUGAUUUAUAACAAACGUUACUUAGUUGUGUGUCUCUUGGCGUUAGCCAGUUCCAAAGGUAAUUUGAAAAUUUGAUUGACAAUUAUUAUUUUUUAUAAGUUUCACAUUUAAGUUUUUUUUUUCCUCAUAUUAAACAAGGACGAAAAUCAUGAUUAGUUCGUCAUCCAUUUUUUUUUUUUUUGGUCACAUUCAUGGUAUGAUAGAAUUGAAUUUUGUCUGCUCUAUAUCUAUUUGAAACAAAUUUUUGGACACAAGGGUGUGAAUUUAUAUAUCAAAAACAUUUCGAUUCCAGUGAUUUCAAAGAAGAUUCCAUGUGCACAAACAUUUAAUGGCAAGUUCGUUGACAUAUCCUGCCAUUCAAACAACGCUUACCCGGGAUCCAAUUGUACAUGGAUUCACCAGAAGCCGAGCAACAGGGUAUAACCGAUUUAUGCUAUUUAGUGUUAUAAUUACUAUGCAUGAUUUUAAUAUCAUAUGCUUGAUGCUUUUGGAAUAGUAGUUUAGUAUUUGGUUACAUUCACUUAUAGCAUCGUCUUUUGUGCCAUCUAUUUUAUACUUACAGUUUUUUUCUUCUUCAAAACUAAUCAAAAACAAACAUAAAAAUAAUUAAACAAAUGAGUACAUUCUAUAAAUUGUUGGAGCCUUUUAAAUUGAAGCAAAUGAAGAGGAAUCAAUAACUGUAGCAUGGUUAAUCGGUGGAUACUUAAUAAUUACGAUUAGUUUGGAAAAUACAAAUGACAUGAAAUGAAAAAAAAUAUUAAACCUUUAAAUUCUCAUAUCGGAGUCUUUUCUUUCUUUUUUUUUUUUUAAAGUAAUGCAAACACACUUUCAAUACAUGCGUAUUUAUAGCAGUGGUUUUUGUUUAUCACACAAUCGGUAUUGACAAAAAAUGUAUCUCAAUUAUUAUUUUUUUAUUUUUUUUUUGAACGGUGUAACAAGUCUUUAUGGUACAGCUUUCCAUUCACUGAGCGUUGGAGAAACACAGUAACAACGACUUGUACAACGAGUAUAAAAGAGCCAGAUGUAGGGACACACACUGUCGUACUUAGCAUUGCGUCUAAAACUGGGGGAGAUGAAAAAGAGAUUGGACAUGUCCAAUACAACAUUGGUAAGAGAAUAAUGAUCUCUAUUAAAGUAUUCAUCUUGUAAACUCUUCCAAUGAUCAAAAAAGUACAAUUAAUGUGAACAGGCGCAAUUCAAUAACGAACCUGAAAUGACAAAAUAAGAUGCGUGAAUUUUACAGUUUUACUUAAAGGUAUUAAAAAUUUCAUGUCAAUGUUCAAUUUUCGACCAAUCAGAACGCGAGGUUUUAAAUGUUUAAAUAUCUCCAGCUUUCAGUCACAUUUCAGAUAUGUACUUUUAAAAUUAUGUAUAUAUAUAUAUAUAUAUAUAUAUAUAUAUUUGUGUUCUUCAGAAGCACCAAGCAACUUGCCUAAUUUCCAAACAAGGAAUGGCGAAAUAAUAAAUUCUGAAAUUUUCCUAACUGAUGAUGAAGAUGUCAGAUUGGAAUGUUAUCAGUAUGGCGGUGUACCUAGAGUAUACAAUAUCAGUAUUGUAUGUGACAUGAGCAAAACGCAUGAGCCUUAUAGUGGAUAUAGUGAAGGCAAUCACGGCAUCUGGAUUAAAGUUAAUCGAGCUUGGGAUCAAACGACUUGCACCUGUUACACACAUCACAUUUCCACACCAAAUCAUUUCAAGAAAUCUAUGAAGAUAUUUGCAAUAUGUGAGUACUGAAACAAAGACUUGACGACUUACAAGUUAUCGUAACACUUCCUGAAACAUGUCAUACUUAAAUUGUUGAAACAAAACAAUUUCUUUUCAGUUUAAUUCAGAUUAUUUAACAAAAAGCUACAAUAUAUAAAUAUAUAUAUAUAUAACAAAAAGCUACAAUAUAUAUAUAUAUAUAUAUAUAUAUAUAUAAUUUUUAUUGAUAUAAAUGUCUCUAUUCAGAUUAUGAAUUACAUUACAAUAUCACGAUAAAAGCGAUACGUAGUAUAUAAAUGAAUGAAAAUCUAGAUUUGGCAAAGCUAUGGCUUUGCAAUAUAUAAAUCUUUUAAAAUAAUUGAAGCAUAAUUGAUAAAUAUUUUUUUUUAACGAAAUAUUAAUCAUAAAUUCAAAUUUACUGUUUUUAAAAAGCUAUGCGAAGUUGAAAUUAACAAUGACCUUGCAGCCCCUCCAAAGAAACUCACGUGCGAUUAUACCUUUCUGGGGGCGACGACGGCCCAGGUCACGUGUACCACUACACGAGUGUAUCCCAAAGCUGAAUGUAAAACUCACUUGCGCAAUUCAAAGUCAUCAAAACUUGUAAGUAAUAAAAUAUUUUAAUAGUUGAAUCCUUUGUGGCAAUAAAUUGUGGUAUUGAGAUAUUUAUCUUUAGAUGAAAGUUUCACUUUGAGUUGCUUUGAAUAAUUGAAAUUUUUAUUAAAACCCAAAAACAACAUUUGGAAAACAAAUCAGACAACAAAGACAUUAACAUGCUCUCCCUUGUUUUAAAUACAAAAUAGAACUAUUGAAGAGUGAUAAAAUCAUCUAAAACAGCUGUUUAGUCCACGUUUUAAUUUUGAAGCUCUUAACAUCUCGCCACUUGCUCUUCCGUGGUUUAAGUAGUUUUUCAUAUGACAUUCUGAAACAUUUCAGUGUGUCAUUAAAAUCGAGUUACUCACCCGGGUCUUAAUUUAAAGAAGGUUAAUUAAAGUGUUGACAGUUCGUCUGAAAAUUGUUUUAAGUUUCUAGAGAAUGUGAACCAUUUUUAAAUGGCGCAAAACUUUUGAAAUUAUUUAUUUAAAGUUUUAUCAAAAUGGUUAUAUGUUUCUAAAUAUUUUUUUUGUAAUGUGGAGUAUGCUCAUUUAUAUAGAUGAAGACAGCUUUGCCUAUUUCCUUUAAAGUAAUUUAAUGUUUAGAAGACGAGUUGGCUUAACUUCAAUGUUCGUUAUUUGAAAUUUCUUAAAAAUCUCAGUACAAGUGCAAAAACUCAGUUCGGUGUCAUUAUUUAAAAUUAAAAUAGGUACAUCACCCAUCUGAACAUCAACCAACCCUGGAAUCUGGCUACUUCACGACAAAAUGUUUAUCAAGUUUCGUUCUCACAAAUCAGUUGAAUUAUGACGUCGAUGUGGAGAUGUAUCCAUAUCUGAAUAAUUACAACACAUACAAAACACCGGCCAUGAAAUCAGCACGUGUCUUAGUAACCGUAGGUAAGUUGGGAUACACUACAGGUAAUCUAAAACGCAUACAAAUAUUUACAUUUACAAUAACAUAAAUGUCCAAUUAAAUAUUACACAAAUUGAGCAGUUGAAUGUAUAAUAUAUCUGAAAUUCACAGUCUAAAUUUGUAAAAUAUGUUACAAUGAAAUUGAAGGUUUUUUUUUUUUUUUUUAAAUAUCGUUUUCCUAUCACUACAAAAAAUGCCAAGUUAAAAAUAAAAAAAAUCCUAAAAUUGAGAAUUAUGAAAAAUUUUAAAUCAUAAAUAUUUGUAUUUCAUUUGAAUUGUAAUGACUAGUUUUUAAAUGAUUCUUUUUUUUUUAUAUGAAUCCAAGAACCUCCCAAACAAGCACCCAGUUUGAAAAUAUUAAACGGAGACCUCGUUGGUGAUGCGUUGACCGUAAGAGAUGGAGAUCACAUCACUGUUCACUGUUCGGUGACUGGAGGGAGACCAUCCGUGAUACGAACUCAAAUUGACUGUGGUUGGAGACUAUACACCAACAAUGGGGCGUCUGCUACCUUCAGCCUGCGUGUAAAUUUUAGCAUGCACCAACGCGUAUGCACGUGUUCUGCCAGACACGUAUCUGAAAUGUAUCAUCUGACCACUGCAUUUAGCCUCAACGUUCAAAGUAUGCACAUAUUUUGUUUCGUUUCAUGUAUUCACUUUUUUCAUGACAGGAAAUAAUUUUUUUUAGUUAAAAAGUAAGCUAUGUAAGCUAUUAUUGGCAAUUAUGGAAUUGAAUACGAAUUUAGACACACAUUUUAAGGGUAUCUAUUUUUUUAAAUGUCAAAUAUGUAUUCAUAUUUAAAAGCAAUAAGUAGUUUAUUAGCAAUGUUAUUAGAGUUGCAUAAUUUUGAAGAAAAAAAUGCAAACUUCAUACUUAUUGUAUGACUCAAUGAGAAAUAGCUACUUCAAAUAUAUAUAUAAUUGUAUUUACUUCCUGUUUGUAUCAUUGGCAACUUCUAGGGUUUUGAGUGAGUUAGUUAAUGUGGGUUAAUUAAAUGUAUAAACUGUAUUUUAUAGGGGUGAGAUUAACAUGAGCAAUGGCGUCAAACAUUUUUUUUUUAAAAUCAAACAUUCAAUUUUUAUACGCAAAUGUUUUAAUGGUUUAUACUUUGGUUAUAUCACAAAAGCUCAGACAGUUAUUAACAGUCUACAGUUUCUUCCACCUCCUGGUCACAUGACCAAUGAGUACACACCCGGAUCACAGUUAACUCUAUGGUGCAACGGCACUGGAAAUCCGAAACCUAAAAGUGAUUUAAUUUAUGUGAAGGAAAGUAGACAAUUAGAUCAUGCCGACGCUAAAGCAUCACAAAAGGUGCGUACUACAGAUCAUUUCCACUACUGUGUAUACAAUGUACGUUUCGCCUCGUUCCUAUAGCUUUACAAUUAUAAAGAUAGCACUUCAGUCAUUAAUAGGUUGAUAUAAAUAUGACUUACGUGUAUGAAACAUUACACUAAGAUGUUUUUCUCAUGCUGCCAUUAGAUUAUCUUGAAAUAUAUUAAACACUAUGAGAUUUAGGGCCAUUUUGUAAGCGAAAUUUUGAAACCAGUGCCCUACCUGUGGUUAUAACUAUUAUAAACAAUUUAUUUUAAUCCCAUACAUGAAACCAAUGAGCUGUUGUAUGAUCUUAAUUAUAAUCGAGGGCUACACUUGAAAAUUGAUUUGUAUUUUUUAAAUUUUAAUUUUUAAGGCCUAUAUGUAAACAUUGACUUAAUUUGUUUUAGAAGCCUAUAGUUGAAAAAAAUUGAUUUUUUUCCACAGACCAUUCGUUAUUAUUUGAAACAUUCAAUGACAGCGAUCUGCAAUAAUACAGGUGCAUACAGGUGUUCAGUCUCUAAUCACUUGAAUACAAUUGAAUCUAGUCAAGAGAUUGAAUUAAAAGUUAAUUGUGAGUAAAUGUAUGAAAUUUCUAAUACAUAUAAUUGUAUCUAUAUUUGUUAGAAUUUGUAUACAUAAAUUAUUUUAGAUCUAUGAUAAAAUAUGCUUUUCUAAUCAACAAUUUCUUCAAAUAACAUAAUAUUAUUUAUUUUUUACGAGGAAGGACUUAUCCCUUUAUUAUAUGAGCCUGGUUUUCUCUAUUGGACUUUUGAUUGACACAUUGAGAAAACUCGAUAAUCCACUUUUUAGACAAUGGGGUGGGAACUGAUAAAGUCGGAACCGUCGCAUGACUUCUGGAGGCCCCCUUGCUAUUUUCGAGAGUUAGCCUCCUGCAGAAUAAGUUAUUUUUUCGACAUCACUACUUUGGACCCCUUAAAAUAUCCAAGGCCAAUUGCAUUCGCAGGGGUUGAAGGUGCCACUAUUGUUAUGAUGGCUAGCACAAUCCUUGUCCCCAUCGCAUUCACAGAGGUGGUAGUGCCCACUAUUGUUAUGAUGGCUAGCACAAUCCUUGUCCCCAUCGCAUUCACAGAGGUGGUAGUGCCCACUAUUGGUAUAAUGGCUAGCACAAUCCUUGUCCCCAUCGCAUUCACAGAGGUGGUAGUGCCCACUAUUGGUAUAAUGGCUAGCACAAUCCUUGUCCCCGGCGCCUUCACAGAGGUUGUAGGGCCAACUAUUGGUAUAAUGCCUAGCACAAUCCUUGUCACCAUCGCAUUCACAGAAGUUGAAGGGCCCACUAUUGGUAUGAUGGCUAGCACAAUCCUUGUCCCCAUCGCAUUCACAGAGGUUGUAGGGCCAACUAUUGGUAUAAUGGCUAGCACAAUCCUUGUCCCAGGCGCCUUCACAGAGGUUGUAGGACCCACUAUUGGUAUGAUGCCUAGCACAAUCCUUGUCCCCAUCGCAUUCACAGAGGUUGUAGGUCCCACUAUUGGUAUCAUGGCUGGCGCAGCAAUCUUUUUCUCAAGUCUUACUAACUGAGCUGUCAAAAUAAAACCAUUUUUAAACUUUAUUUUAUUCCUCUAAGUCUUGUCAUUUUGUAAUAUAACCUGUUUAAAUUGUAUGGUAUUUCGCUAAGCCUCCAAAUAGUUUGGUCAUUUUGAAUUCAAUGUCUCUUGCCCUUUCUUUGAACCCCCAAAAACCUAUUUCUUAUAAGUUCAUCGUUUCAAACAUAUGAUUUAAAUUAGCUCUCAAAGACUGAGACCUAGAGGUAUAUUAUUGCAUUUUUUUAAAUUCAACUUUAGGCCGAAUACAUCACUGUAGUUCAUCUGAUGAUCUGCCCGGCUUUGGUGUCCAAGUUGGUGAAGACAUCCACAUAAUUCUGUGCGUGAUCGCUUACCAAACACCAAUCAAAAUCACUCUACACGCAGGUGAUUUAUGAUUUAUGACGUAGCUUAUGUAAAAAAAUUAAUAAGCGUUAAAAUAUUUCAAAUCUCAGAUCAAAUUUCUGCAAUGGAAUUUUUUUUAAAAUUAUUUCUUUGCAUAAAGAUUUCCCCUGAUAAUCCAUUACGAUAAUUUUAAUCUGACGAUUCUAAAAACUAUAAAUUAUUAGUAUCAUUAAUCAACGCAUAAAAACAUGUACAAUGUGUGUGAAUUCCAAUUCAGAUAAUAACAGUAAUUAAAGUAGGCAUAAAAUGGAAAACAUGACAAUCAAUUAUGAAAGGUAAUCAUUAAAUUGAAGAUACGCUUUAACGUUUUUUGAUGAAGAACAAAUACUCUCUACGCUAUGAUAAUUUAAAGAUACAUAAAUAAUUCGUCUAUUUACCACAUGCCUAUUGACCGAGAACAAAUGGCGUCUUUUUAAGAUGCACUCGAAUUUUCAGGUAACGGUUCGGCGGAAGCUGAUGCAAGAAACUAUACCGUGAGAUUCACAGAUACAGACAGGACGUUGUCACGUGGCCUGGUCAAUGUUACAAUGCACAACAUGGCUGUCGGUGACCUUGGAAUGUAUUCAUUGCGACUCACUCUGCCCCCACAUGGCCCAGUUGAAGAAUCAAUUUUGAACUUUACCCUCUAUGCCAAAGGUGAGAAUAAUUAAAUCAUCGCUACUUUUUUUAAAAGUAACCUAUACAGUUUAAUACGUAUGAAAACGAAUUUUUAAAAAAAAAGUUUUAUUUAUUGGUCCCUAAUAAAAAUAGUUGUGUUUUCAACAAAAAACAAACAAACAAAUUUCUGAGACAAAAUUAAAAUGAAUCAAUAAAGACAUUUGAAAUUUGUAGAACUCCAAAUAUUUUCAUAUAUUUAUUUUAACACAUUUAACAAAUAAUUAAUCAUGAAAUAAUUUUAUGAUGAUUUAUCGUUAACAUAAAAACAAUUGAAAAGUUCAAAUUGAUUUUAUUAUUCGACAGGUCGACCACUGUGCCCCUAUAACUUAACGUUAAUUAAUCAGUCCCAUGACAACGCCAUUCUCACCUGGAUACCUGGAUUUGACGGUGGCUUGCCUCAGACGUUUGUGAUAGUCCUAACUACGCCAAACUCAUCUACACCUUCACCUGGCCUCGAUGAUUCUGUUGUAGUGGCACAUGUGCCACAAACAAAGAAUGAUUUUAUGGAAUACAACCUGACGGACCUGUCCAACCGGACACAUUCCGUGGUUCACGUGCAGCCUGAAAAUGCGGAGGGAGCAAGACAAUGUCCCGACGCCAACAUCGCGUUGACUCAGUCAGGUAACAAGUUUAUUUGUCUUAACGAAUGUGUGUUUUCAGUUGGGUUAUUGCAUAAUGUUAUUGCAUGGGAAUUCUGUUUGUUGUGUAUGUUCCGUUAUUGAACUAAAAUCUCAUAUAAACAUAGUGAAUGUUAAUUCAUCAGUGUUUUCGUGAAUCUUGAAUUCUUUAGAGUAUAGUAUGUUUAAAUAAACAUGAUAUAUCAAUUCAAAAAUCGUUGGAAUUUUUCAUGGGAUCAAUGGCUAACCCCCCCCCCAGCUACCCCCCCCCCGUGCUUAUAACAGGUUUAUUUGUAAAAAAUUAACGCAGUCAUCUGUGGGUUUAAUACGCUGUGACUUUAUUCUAUAUUUAGCUUACAACAGCCAGUCAUUGCAAAACGGAAAUUAAAUCCAUAACGUAAUUGCUUGAAUAAAUUCAUAUCGUUAGGACUUCGUUUUAAAUACAUGCUCUUACACAUGGCUCAUAAGACAUGAGAUGUGAUUUGAUAAUGGAGAACAACGAUUGCCUCCGAACCAAGAAAUAUACAUUUUCUUUUAAAAAUCGCAGAAGAAAAAAUCCGUUUCAAAAGCCUUUACUACUUUCACUUUAUUCGAUGAGGUAAGAUUUAACUAAAAAUUUUAAAUCUAAUUCGGUCGUUAUGUUAGAUUCACUACUUUGACAUAAUUAAAUAUUCAUAGAAUCUCUUUUGAGGUGUUAAUUAAAUAUUUUAUCCCAUUUUAUCUACUUUAAUUUCUGGUCUUCUAUUUCAUUUUUAGAUUUGACCAUUGUGAUGUAAUUUCCUUAUGUACUAAAUGCAGAAGAGAUCGGACGUUUCAGUCAAUCUGGAAAUCAUGAUCAAUUUUUUUUUAAUGUAUUGUUAUAAUUGUCAAGAAAGUUAUGUUGGAACUUGACAUGAAGUAGCUGUAAGUAUUAACGAACCACGCAGAACCAGGGAGUGGUUUUUUGGAGAACCCACAGCCACUUUUUUUGGUUUUCUGCCCCAUGCAUUCAAAUUUGAUAUUUUAUAUUUAUUGCCCAGCAUAAAAAAAUUGGCCACAUUAAAUAUCUCAGUCCCCCUGAAGCCACAGGGCUUUCAAUGCCCCCGCAACCGCUCUGGCUACAGCAAUAGCUUGUCAAAUUGCAGUAUAAAACACACAAAAUUAUGAUUGUGAUUUUGCUUUUUAUAAAGCUCAAAGACGCAGUCCUCAGUGUCAAUCAUGUUUAUUGUGAAUUUUUCUUUAUCUUUGAAAGUGUUCCCACCCUAUGUUUUCUCACAUGGUAAAAGACAUUUUUCUGGGUGGUCGAGUGGUCUAAACUGAGGAAAUCUCAAGUUGAUAGUCUGGAGUUCAAAGCCCAGUCAAGCAAAAAACACCAGCACCCCUGGGUGGAUGGGACUCGUUAACCUUGGAUUGGAUGCUCAUCUAAGAAAAGGAAACUCUGAAUUCAAAGCCGUAAGGCGGAUAACAUUGGUACAAUGGAACAUUCCGGCAACUCCACUGGUGCCAAGCUGUAUCAUCCACAUGAGAGAAACAGCUUAUACUCCUAGAAAAAUAAUCUCAGACCUUCUUGAUUUCGUUCUGCGAAGUUCACACCAUCGUCACAUUGUGACGGACGGAUGCCAAGAAAGUAUUAUUUGAUAAACAAUAGAUAUUAGUUAAUUCAUGAGUAUGCAUUCGUUUUAUUCGUAUUCUCCCCUCUGUGUUCUAAGCAGGGUCACGUGAUGAUCUACUCUGGGUAAUAAUCUACUCUGCUUCCAGUGUCACGCUGACUGCUCUAUUCAUGGGCGUGUUCAUCUGGGCGCUACGUAAACCUCAGAAGCGCAAAACUCAUUUUGAUGGUAGGAAGAAAUUGCAUAUUGAAUCUUGUGAAUGUUAUAGUUAGUAUUAUUAUGGCUAACACAAUGAACACUCACACGUUGUAUCCAGCUGCGUGUCCAUAUCUUGAAUGGCUUGUUACAAGCAAAGAUCACAUGACCUCUCCCCUCUCACCCCAUGCAUCACGGUCCUCUCCUAUUCCGAACAAAGGGAAACAACUGUAACAACACAACGACCUCACAACAGUGACCACCUUGCACAUACUACUAUUUAUAUUUUAAAAAAUAAUAAGAUAAAUAAUUUCGGAGCGGAGCUGAAAUGGAGCUCGUUAAACAAACAAACAACAAACCUGUUCCACAAACCUGGUAUCCAUGGAUUUUAUUACCGCAUGUUUGGCGCACCGGUAACGUGAUCCAAAUUCUCCGCUCAUGCUGCAAGUUUGAAACAAAACAAUUUUAAAACGUCUGUGCCAUUAGGAUACAGCGAUGGGAGUAACGUAUUAGAAUGUCAAUAAGUUGUUUCAUGGAGUUUCGGGAAUCACAUAUUCGUUCAAUGCCGAUCAAGAAUCGAUGCAUCGAAGCAUCGAUACAGCUAUCAUCUAAUUAUUGAAGAAUCGAUACAGAUUUCAUUUUAACAAUCAAAGCAUCAACUAUUGAAAGAUAGAUUCAGUCGUCAUUUAACCAUCGAAUCAGAGCCGGCGCUAGGGGAUGGCGAAGUGGGCGACCGCCCAAAGCCCUACGUUUGUGGGGCCCCGCAUAUGUCAUAAGUAUAUAGUAUAUUUAUAAUAUGCAUAAGCCUACUAAGAGUUCCUAAUCCAGUCAACACAAUAUUCGGAGUUAUUAGAUGGUCUGAAGGCCAGUCUUCGAGAGGAAUCUCGGUAACAAUGGAGCCGCGAUGAGUAAUUUGGGCCAGGGCAAUUAACUGUUACAGGAAAAAGUAAAAAUUUCGGAAACUAAGCGAGUGAACAAAUAUCCGUUAUGACGCGUCCCAUUAUGACCAGCAAGGCCCCAGUGCCUUAAUAUCAUAUCGGCGGAAGAUAUCACGUCAACGGCCCCGCAAAUUUCAAUUUGCCCAAGGCUACGCCCGUCUCCUAGCGCCGGCCCUGCUCGAAUCAUUAAUGAAACUCAAAUUCUUAUGUUUCUCUAGUUCUAAGAAGGGAAUCGGAAAGAACACGCGUCUAUUUAUUAUUAUUUUUUUUUUUUUUUUCUUUUUUGGUCCCAAAUUCAGACUAAGUUAUUUUUAAUUUGAGUUUGUCCAGUUGAGUGUAUGCUUUUUAAUUUUUAAUAUCACGUCAACGGCCCCGCAAAUUUCAAUUUGCCCAAGGCUACGCCCGUCUCCUAGCGCCGGCCCUGCUCGAAUCAUUAAUGAAACUCAAAUUCUUAUGUUUCUCUUGUUCUAAGAAGGGAAUCGGAAAGAACACGCGUCUAUUUAUUAUUAUUUUUUUUUUUUUUUCUUUUUUGGACCCAAAUUCAGACUAAGUUAUUUUUAAUUUGAGUUGGCCCAGUUGAGUGUAUGCUUUGAAAUCUUUUUAUUUUUGUGUGCUAAAACCCCCAUUAGUUUCACUUUUGUAAGUUAACUGAUUUCAUAAUAGGGCUGAAAAAUAUUUGCAAGUGUCUUAAAAUGUUGUUCUCUGGUCGAAAAACGCGAUGACGUGAAAUCACAUCGAGAGACAUGGUGGAUUGUUUUUUUUUUUUUUUUUUUUUUUUGUUUUUGAUUGUUGGGGCGGUUAUAUUUUAUUUUUUUUUAAUGUCAUUAAUUUUACAUUUUAAUGUUUUUUUUUUUUUUUUUUUUUUUUUUUUUUUUUUUUUUUUUUUUUUUUUUUUUUUUUUUUUUUUUUUUUGUAUUUGAUUGUUGGGGCGGUUAUAUUAUAUAUUUUAUUAAUGUCAUUAAUUCUACAUUUUAAUGAUGUUUCUUCUAGCGGUAGAGGAGAGGUCAGGGGUCGAAAGGAAACGAGGAGAAAACAUAGUUCAGAAUUCUCUAAGCCCUGAAAACAACUUCCCUGAAAACGAGUCAAUUAAUCUCUACACCAAAGGUGAGAUUUUUUAUUUUGUUUCCUCCUUCAAUACACUUUACAUAUUUUGUCCAGGCAUUCAUUGUACUUUAACUUGUCGAGUGCUGCUUCCAUUGUUAUUUAACUUGUCGAGUACUGCUUCCAUUGUUAGUUUAACUUGUAGAGUACUGCUUCCAUUGUUAGUUUAACUUCUCAAGUACUGCUUCCAUUGUUAGUUUAACUUGUCGAGUACUGCUUCCAUUGUUAGUUUUACUUGUCGAGUACUGCUUCCAUUGUUAGUUUUACUUGUCGAGUACUGCUUCCAUUGUUAGUUUAACUGGUCAAGUAUUGCUUCCAUUGUUAGUUUAACUUGUCGAGUACUGCUUCCAUUGUUAGUUUAACCUGUCAAGUACUGCUACCAUUAUUAGUUUAACUUGUCAAGUACUGUUCCUAUUAUAACUUUAAAAUGUCAAGUGCUGCUUCCAUUGUUAGUUUAACUUUUUAAGUACUUUUCAACACCUACCAGACCUGUACUUGACUUGUGUAAAAUGGAAAUAAAUUAUUUUAACACUGAUGAGUAGCUAGAAAUAAUAAUUAUUUAACACUGAGGAGUAGCUACAAAUAAUCGUAAAUUUAACACUGACCGAAAAGAUAGAAAUAAUCAUUAGCUGAGACGCAGAGGGGCUGCACGCGUAGAGACGUGGCCGGGCUGAACGGCCGACGGCGCGGCCACAGUGUGUGCCAGGACGCAGUGUUUUUGUUUCCAACUGUCACAGAGCUGUUGUUUUAUUCCAGAGACCCUUUCCUCGAACAAGGCUGGCUGUCCGAACAAGGGCGGGUUUAUGGCAAGAAAACCUGCGCCAGCCGAGGGACAAAUCUACGCCAACGUCAAAUCGUUAAAACGUUAGUAUGUGUGUGUGUGUUUGGGGGGGGGGUGCGUGAAUGAGCAUGAUUGUCUUUUUGUGGUUGUGUUUGUGCGUGCGUGUAUUUGUGUAUGUGUGUGUGUGUGUUUGUAUGUGCGGGGGUCUGUUUCGUGUGUGUAUGUGCGUGCUAUGUUUCAAUUUUUUCGUCAUUGUAUUCUUCUUUGUGUGUGUGUGUGCCUGGCUGUGAUUAUGCGUACUUGUUUGUGCGUAUGUGUGUGUGUGCAAGUGUGUGAUUAGUCCACCAAGCACAAAAUGCCACGAGGCAUAAUUGGUACCGUAAUUAUUAUUUUUAUUAUUGAAAUGUUUUUUGUUUUUUUUUAAUUUAGAACUAUAAGGGCAGAACUUAUCUGGCAAUAAUGAACUAUUUUUCAACAUUGUUUUAGCCACAAGAGAGGACGACAACCCUUCACAAGGCAUAUACAACAACCCUUCACAGGGCAUAUACAACAACCCUUCACAGGGCAUAUACAACAACCCUUCACAAGGCAUAUACAACAACCUUGGUCAUGUAAUGGUAAGCAGCUUACACACACACAACAAAAAAAGCCAUUCAAACACGCAUACCAAACCAAGAGUAAGCAUGUCUCGUCACGUGAGAAAUGCAUUGUUAUAAAAAAAAUAUGAAGACAUGUUAAAGAAGAUCUAAAAAGAUUGAAAGCUUUCUUGCAUAAUUUAAAUUUUAUUGAAUUCAUACACUCUUUUGUCGAGUCAAGACCAGAAAAGCUGAUGAAGCAAUUUAUACAUUUUUUAAAAAAAGAUAUUUUGAAAAGCUGUAAAGAAUUUGUUACUUUUUAACGUCUUAAUAUCAUUUCUGUUUAGGGGUAGAAGUUUUAUUAUGGGCGAAACAAAGUUUGGUGGAUGAAUGUUCCUUCAAAUGCGGAAAUUUGUGAAGAAAAAUUAGUUUGUGAGGGAGGGGGAGGAUUUUUCCGACUAGCAAUUUUUAAAUAUUUGUUGCUUUUGGUGUUUUCUCUGUGGGUUUAAUUUAGUUUGAUUUGCAGGCGUCCUCAGUAGCUGAUCUAUUUGAAAAAUUGCGAAAUAAUUAUUAUAUUUUCCCACCGUGAAGUUAGUAAAACUUUAUGAGGGAGACCACUCUUAAUGUUUGGUUGCUAUUAUCAACUAUUGUAAACAAAAAAGGAAGUUUGGAUUUGAAUUUUUUUUUAUUUUUUCAAGAAUCACAGGUCUGGUUGACUAAUGGAAUGAUUAUGUUAUCAUACUUAAUUAUAAGAUUAAAUUUCGUGAUUUUCUCUUUAUAUUCUGUACAAUGCUUGAUGGCUUUUUUUUUUUUUUUUUACAUUUGAUAUAAUUCACAAUCGAUUUUUUGUUUUUUUUGGGGGAAACUGAUACUCAUUCGGACAAGUGGGUGCAAGUGAGGGGGGUAUGGAAGUCCUUAUUUUUUUUUUUUUUUUUUUGUUUUUUGUUCUUUGUUUUUUUUUUUUUUUUUUUUUUUUUACAUUUGAUAUAAUUCACAAUCGAUUUUUUGUUUUGUUUGGGGGAAACUGAUACUCAUUCGGACAAGUGGGUGCAAGUGAGGAGGGUAUGGAAGUCCUUUAUGAAUACUUUAUCUCAUUAAGCAAACGAUUUAACACUUGAUAAAUACAAAUGUAUGUUUCUAUUAAUUUAAUUGUUUAAGAGCAGAUCACAUGGAUUAUUACAUAAAACGUAAUUUUGAUGUUUUCUUGCUGUUGUAAACAAUAGAUUAACAAAUAACAAAAUAAACGAAAACUUGAUUUUAUUUUUAUUCUGCGGGAACACAAAAAGUAGUUUUAAAACUAAAACUUUAUGCGGAGUGAAAAAUUUCCUUACUGUAUAAUUAUUCUAUAUGUUAUCUAUCGUCCUAAUACUGGCAUGUUCCCUUCACCAACAGCCAUCAAAAACAGUUGCAGGACCGUAUCAAACUAAUAAGGUCAAUUUCAAGAAUAAAGUUUGUAAUCAAGUCGAUGGAGGCCAAAGUGGCCGGACAGUUAGCCCCGGGGGUCUCAUCUACCUAAGCGUCGUGGUCGACCCUAAGACGGAGGAGGCGCAGAUCCACAAAUCGCAAGCAACGCUGCCUCGGCAACGCACGGAAUACAUGACGUUAGAUCUUAAGGCAACCUCAAGGUGCUGAAAGUGAAGAGCGAGCUAACAAAAGUAUAAGGACACAGUUGAUUCUUUAUAGUUUGAAUCUAUUGAAGUAUCUGUCAGAUGAACUGUAUUAGGCUUUACCUCGCAGCUUUUAAAAGGAUAUAUGACAUUCAUAACAAAACUGUAUAAUUAAGAAAGUAAAUUAAAUGCAGUCAAACGAAAUUAUUUCACUUGGGUGAAUUAGAUGAAUAACUUAUAAGGUACAGUCUCGACUGAGACUUUUAACAGCAUGGUGUAAACAUCAUUCACCCCCCCCCCAACUUACUAGCCAAUUUUGUUUAAAAUAAUCAUGAAGUCUAUGAUGUAUACAUAGUCAAUGUCUUUUCUUCUCAAUUCAAACGGAUUUUUUAAAUAAAUUUUUAAUUGUAAUUUCAACAAUAAAA